CUCAAAAAUGAUCCUCCUAUGAAUUCAUAAAAAUCUAACAAAACAGAUAUACUUUCUAAAGUUGCUUAAUUAGUCAAGAAAUUAUAACAUAGAGAAUUACCACAUAAAAUGAUAGAAGCAACUGUUUUAUCUCGUAAAACAUCAAUUCCAAAAAAUACAAAAUUACUUCUUUAAUAGGAACAUAUUGUGAAAUAAAUUACUAUUACUCAAAGAACCAAAGGAAAAUAAUAGAACUAAAGUUAGUUUUAAUAACAUCAUGAAUCAUAUAAUGUAGAACUAUUAAGAAGAAGCCCUGAAUAAAAAGAUAAGAAAACAGAAGAUAAUAUUGAAUAUAAAAUUGUAUAAUAAAAGCUUCCUUAAAUUAAAUCUUAAAAAGGGUUCUCAAGAAGCAUUAAAAAUAUUGCACCUAUAUAAAAAAAUGUGAUUAUUAGCUAUUAAACAGCAACUAAUAAUAGCAUCAAUUAAAUUAGUAAUAUAAAUAAUUCAUCAAAUUAAUAAUAAGAUACUAAACCUAUUAUCAAAGUCAAUAACUUUAAUAAUGUGUCAAAUUUACUAUAAACUAGUACUUUAAUAAGUAAAUAACCUAUUUCAUCUGAAACUGAAAAAAAAACAGCAGGAAUCAUCUCAUAAUUAUAAACAAUGUAAUAAAAACAUACAGAAAAAAGAUUGCCAAUACCUGAUUCGAGUAAUUUAUCUCUAAGUGGAUGGACAGACCGAUCCCCAAUAAAUUGA